UUGAAGGGACCUGCAACUAAGAUGUCACACAAAUUAAUUUAACUAGACUUUUAAAGUUUUAGUCACUCAUUGUACCUGCUUUCAGUAGAUGUGUUGUGCAGUUCAAUGUGUUUUUCCAAAGUAUACAACAGGGGCUCAUAUAUGGGAAGUGGAUACAGGUACAAUCAGUCCACAGGUGGAUUUACCACCUUCCAGUCAGGACAGAAGACAACCAAGGUGUUUCUUUUAACCCCUAUGUCGUCACAAUGAAACCCAUAACUGAACAAGGACAAUGUUCUCUUGGAAUGCAUUGAACUAGCAUUCGUAUAUUUAUAAAAUGGACAAGCUUCAGAUGAUGCCGUGCACUGUGUCCCAACUGCUGUCUGCCACGGCUGUCGGGGAAGUCUUCAGAGUUGGUGACAUUGAGGUCAACCAGGUAUCUGUGCUGGGUAUCGUCAGGAGAACGGUUCCCUCAGUAAACAAUGUCUUGUACUCCGUGGACGACAUGACUGGACCACCAUUAGGCGUGAAGCUCUGGGUGGACACUGCAGAUCCUGGUGUGGACAGUACUUUUGUGUCCCCAGGGACUUAUGUCAAGGUCACUGGAAGCCUGCGUAUCAUUCAGGGCCAAAGAUCAUUGGUGGCUUUCAACAUCUGUUGCCUUGAGGACCUGAAUGAGAUCACCUCUCACAUGCUGGAGGUAAUGCAGGCCCACAUGCAGCACAACAGGAACCUUUGUGGUGGUAGUAAUCCUGGAGAUGGAGACGCAUCAACCUACGGGCUGAGUGCCAGUCAGAGCCAGGUGUUGAACCUGAUCAGGAGUUGCUCAGACUCCAAGCCCAGGGGCAUCAGUCUAGAGGAGCUAGACAUUAAGCUGGGGUACCUCAGCAUGACUACCAUCAGCCAGACCUUGGAGUUUCUUAUCAGAGAAGGCCACAUCUUCUCCACCAUCGACGACAAGCAUUUCAGGGCAGGGAAACCUCCCCCUGGACUCCAUCUAGAUGUGGUGAAGGGAGACAAGCUAGUAGAGAAGCUAAUCAUUGAUGAAAAGAAAUACUACUUGUUUGGGCGGAACCCAGACUUGUGUGACUUCACGAUAGACCACCAGUCGUGUUCUCGUAUCCACUCAGCCCUGGUCUACCAUAGACACCUCAAGAGGGUUUUCCUGAUCGACCUCAACAGCACACAUGGUACAUUCCUGGGUCGUAUCCGUCUGGAGCCCCACAAGCCCCAGCAGGUGCCCAUCGACUCCACCAUGUCGUUCGGGGCAUCCACACGGGUCUACACCCUGAGAGAGAAGCCCCAGACCCAGACUAACACCAUACCUGGAGGGGAGGUGAAGGCAGGGGAGGACGAGGAGCUCAAAGGACUGCUGGGUCUACCUGAGGAGGAGACUGAGCUGGAGAACCUGACAGAGUUCAACACGGCCCACAACAAGCGUAUCUCCACCCUGACCAUUGAGGAUGGCAAUCUGGACAUUGUGAGGCCCAAGAGAAAGAGGAGGAGUAGCAGGGUCUCCUUCAGUGAGGAGGAGGUCAUCAUCAACCCAGAGGACGUCGACCCAUCAGUAGGGCGCUUCAGGAACAUGGUACAGACUGCUGUUGUCCCAAUCAAGAAGAGGAAGAUGGAGGGUCACGCUACACUAGGUCUGGAGGACUCUGUGGCCAGACGCAUGCAGAACUUCCCUUUCAGUGGAGGGCUCUAUGGAGACCUCCCACCCACCAUUGGAGAGGCCGGCUCCCUCCCCGCCAUGGCCCAGGGUGGAGCUACUAUCCUGGGGGGCCUGCCACUAGUCUUCCCUAACCCUGCUCCCGAGGUGGACGUCUCCCCCACCUCAGCCUCAGCACAGCCCUUCGUCACCCCCAGCCCUGCUGUUAUCCUCGCCCCCGGACCCUACACCACCGAGGCUCUCAACGAACCACGCAAGAAGAAAUAUGCCAAGGAGGCGUGGCCAGGGAAGAAGCCCACCCCUUCUCUUCUAAUAUAGGUCAUUUUCAAAAUGGCAACCGAUUUCCCUUAGUGCUCUACUGGCUAAAGGUAAUGCACUAUAUAGGAUACCAUUUCAAAUUUGCACAUAGCACCUCCCUGGACAAUAUAAUGGGAGUGGUUAGUAUUAGUUAGGAGAGUGGUCACGUCUCUGGACAACCAAUCAAUCAAGACUUCCUGUACUGUACAAGCUGUGACAAAGGGAUAUAGGGAUCCCUGAUAUAGGGAAAUGUUUGUGAGAAUAAUAAUAUAUUUUGGUUUGGAUGUUUUUUUUGUCUGCUUCAUACAUGUAUUGUUUUAUUUUUAUUGCUCAACUCACUUAAACUGACAAAGUAAUGUCUGACUGACCUCAGAUUAGCGUAUUGUAACUAACACAGAUUGGUCCAUUUGAACCAUUGUUUUACAGCUUUAUUUAUUCAUUAUUUUAAACAAAAUGAAACAUUGCUCUGUUGCAGAAAAAUGUCUUAUAAACUCGCUAUUCACUCUCUGACUGUUUGAUUCACAGUAUGAUUUUGCCUUUGUGGAUAUUUUUAGUGCUGUUGGUUUCACUGAAAACCAUGUUUCUGUCAAUACAGAGGGUAACAUUAACCAGACAAGGCCUGCUAGAUGUUUUAAUAAUCCACUCAGACAAGGCUAUGAACUGUGGGUACAGAUUGGCUUUAAAGAAACUAUGAAGAAACAGAGCAGUUUUUGUGUGUGAGACAGUUGUAUUAUAAUUUUUUGCUAUUUUUAUAUGAGAAUUGGGGGGUUGGUUGAAAUGGAACCCAUUAUUGUCAGAUAUGUAUGAAAUUCAGUUUAGAAAAUAAAUAAAGUUUAAACAAAGUGACAUGCAGGUUAUUAGAAUUCAUAUCUUUGAUAUUUGUAUAAUAAACAGUAAUAAUCCAUACUCCUCUCUCUCCACUGUGUGAGAUGAUGGUGGGAGAGGAGGAUUAGUUUAGUCCCUAGAGAAAUCUCCCACUGGGUCUCUGCUGUUGCUUUCAUGUUGUCAGUUUUGCCCUUUUACUUUACAUGAUGCCAUCUACUGAGGAAGCUCCUGGGAUGGCAAAGGGAUUGUUCAGCUAAAUGAAUGUGAUUGUCUGUUCUGGGAACAUGUCAAAUGUGUCUGUUACUUCCUCAAGGUGAUGAGUUUGACGUAGGUCUCGUCUAAUUUAAACCUCAAAUUUCAUCCAUUGUUUUUUGUUUGAGUAUUACUUGUGGGUUUGUUAAAGCAAACAGUUUGAAAAGGAAUCUGUCCUCAAAACCAUUCUGAGUUUUUAUAGGAGUAAAAUUAAGAAAUAAAUUGUUGUAAUCCCAUCGAUGGCAGUGAUUAGCAAUCAUUGCUACUUGCUGCAUAACGAAGGGUAUUUAUCCCUCACAAUAUCUAUGUGAUGCACAAGCUGCAGACAAUGUUAAAAAAUCUAGUGUGGCUCAUUUUGAAUGGCUGUAUUUCCAUGGUCAAUGCCGUGUCCGGUUCAAUUAACAUAUGUGGCUCAUUUGAAAUGAUUGUGUUCUUAUAGUUAGUUGUUGAUCUCUUUUCCACCAGAGGGCAACAUGUGUACUGUGCUCUGCUCUCUUUGUGGAAACGACCCAGGAUGUCUACCUCAGUGGAUCACUAAACUCGUACUCGUUGUGUCACAAAAGUUCUACAUCUAGGAAUGAAAAUUAAACCAUUAUUAGGAAGACAUCCAUAUUGGAGAUAUUGAUAUUGUUAGUAUUCUGUAUACAUGAAUAGGUAAUAGCAGACACAGGGUUCA